UAAAGAAACCCUAAGAAGUCGCUCAUGGAUCAAAAUCUUUUCUCCAAUUCUCUCUCUCUCUUGCAGCAUCGCUUCUCCGUCAAUCGUCACCGCCGAACUUUGUUCACCGAAGCUUCGAUUCAAUGAGGGGAAGGAGCUACACUCCGUCACCACCAAGGGGUUAUGGGAGGAGGGGUCGAAGCCCAAGCCCUAGAGGCCGAUAUGGAGGGCGUAGCAGAGACCUGCCCACCAGUCUUUUGGUUCGCAAUCUACGCCAUGAUGUCAGGCAAGAAGAUCUCAGGAGGGCAUUUGAGCAGUUCGGUCAUCUCAAGGACAUUUACUUGCCAAGGGACUAUUAUACUGGAGAUCCACGAGGUUUUGGUUUCGUUCAAUUUGUGGAUCCUGUUGAUGCUGCAGACGCAAAACAUAACAUGGAUGGUUAUGUUCUUCUUGGCCGUGAGUUGACUGUCGUGUUUGCAGAAGAGAACAGGAAGAAACCGACUGAAAUGAGGGCAAGGGAGCGUGGUGGAGGAAGGUGCAGAAAUAGGAGCUUGAGCCCGAGAAGAAGCAUAAGCCGUAGCCCUAGAAGAAGCAGAACCCCGAGGAAAAGCAGAAGCCGGUCACGGAGCGGUGGCUACUAUUCUCCUCCCCCUAGAAGACACCACCGAAGGUCUAUCUCGCCCAGGGAAGAGCGUUAUGAUGGGAGGAGGUCAUACUCGCGCUCACCAGCCUAUAAUGGCUCAAGGCGUCGCAGCGUAAGUCCAGCCAGAGGUAAGAGCCACAGCAUAAGCCCCAGCCCUAGAAGAAGCAUAAGUCGUAGUCCUAGAAGAAGCAUAAGCCGUAGCCCUAAAAGAAGUCGGAGUCUGAGCCGCAAGAGAAAUAGGAGCUUGAGCCCGAGAAGAAGCAUAAGCCGUAGCCCUAGAAGAAGCAGAACCCCGAGGAAAAGCAGAAGCAACACUCCUGAACCAGCCAGAAGCAGGAGCCAGAGCCCGCAUGAUGAAGGAGAUCGUUCACCAAGCCAGUGAUUGAUUCUUCACUCUCUUGCUAGUCUUCUCUAGAUUAUGGUUGUGUCGCGUACCCUUAUUCUAAGAAAAAAUUAAGAUGAUACUGAAAAUAUGAGAAUUUUAUGUAGGGUGGAAUUUGGCUUUCUUAUGUUAUGAUAUAUGGAGCAUGUGGGAACAUGGUACUGUUUACUCUAUAUGUUCUUUUAAGAUACAACCUUGGAUU